UUCUCUACAGUAAAUUUUAUUUUAACUGUUUAAAUAUUUUUUUUGCUUUUGUUGCUGUUUUUGUCGUUUUUCUUUUUUUUCCGGAAGUUUCCGGUAGUUUUACAUGCAGGUUCGACACUGAUCGUGAAUUAUUGCUGAAAAACAUGACCCACAGCGAAGAAGAGAGCGUGAGCAUGAAUAUGAGCUUAGCUUCAAGUAGUAGUGGAUCCAAACGCUCUGCUUCCUCGCUUACCAGUGAAGCUACCUCCUCUGAUGAUUAUCGAGCUCAUAAUCUUCCGAUCAUCACCCUGGUGGCUCGCUGUCACGAAAUGAAAUUCAAGGUCUUGCGAAAGAGUCACUCGAAGAUCAGCCGGAAACUCGCAGCCGCGAAGCCGCAGCCGCCGACUGUUAAAUCAGUUUCCUCGGGAUCCCUGUCAACAGAGGCUGGAUCCUGCUUGUCAAGCAGCGCAAGCGCGCGAAGCCCCUGCAUGAGCCAGAGGAGGAAACCAGAUCGCGGCUCACGCGGCUCGACACACAUUCAGCGGCAAGCCGAUGCAAUUCUGAAGCUGCUCUCUUCCGGCGGUGGUUCCUCCGAAACGAAGAUACGUCGGCUUCUUGGUGAUAGUCCUGACACCAGCAAAGCACUCAGAAUGUUGUUGAAGCUGGAUGAAGUCAAGAGAUCAGGCGCAGGAGGGCGUCAGGACCCUUACAUUUACACGAUAGUAUGAGUUAUUAGAGACCAGACCCAGAAAGAGCUAGGUAAAUACAUAGAGAUUUGGCAUCCCAGAAACAGGGAAAACAUUGACACAACGGAUAGCUAAAAGUGAGAUUAUAGCAGUAAUUAGAGUUCAUUAGCCUGGUAAUAAAGUAUAGAAUCAUACAGUCUUUUUGUUACUUGGCUAUCUUUUACAAGCAUUACUUGCAAACU